GCAGAGGGAUAACUGGCCUUUAGGACUGACAGGCUACUAAGCCAGGAAACCGCUUGUCACUAUGUGUGAGAAAAGACUCACAGUACUUCAAGACGUUAACACACUACCCAGAAACACCACGAGAGAUGAGCGCCUUGCAGAUGUGUGUGAGCUUGCCAGCUGUCAUCAGGACUGUCCUCAUGACUGGUUGUCUGCUGAGGAGUGUGAGAGCAGAUGGAGCAGACUCUACAGAACAGCUGGACAUCAAGUAUGUUUUGAUUGGAGGUGGGAUCGGCAUGUUCUUAGCUGCCAUAUUCAUUAUUGUCAUGAUAUGCAUCAUCAGAAAACAUGUCCGUAACAACGACACAGGUGGUAAUAUGAAGAGACCUUCACAGGUUUCUAUCAAAAGCUAUAGGUUCCCAUAACUUUUGAACUCUCAACCACAGCUUCACAUGCUCCAUCUGAGAAAAACCAGCCAAUCAGAACAGCCCAUGGCGGUGGUGUCCAGUGACAUGCAGUGGUGAAGGUCAGGCUGAGUGAUUUGCAGGAUGAUGUGACCCCCACAAAAGUGGUAUCUUGGUGAAAGGUCAACCAGGCGGCCUGCUGUUUUGUCACGUUUGCCUCACGUUUUGUCACAAAAACAUCAAUCUGUUUUACCUCAUUUCAUUUUUUGGCUAUAACAUCAUUACUAUUAUGGUUUUCAUAAUAAAUGUCUGAAGAGACUUUGUAA